GCACGACGACCUACAGCUGCAGCAGCCGAAACUCCCGCUUCUGCCGAUUCUGCACCACCACGCCGGGGGAAGGGGGGUCGAGGAAGAAGGGGUGCAAGAGGGCGACUGACUGCACAGCGCCCAUCACGACGUAUUUCCCCAAUUUUGCCACAUCCUUCACGUAGCUCACCUCCUGGUACUCAGCCAGCGACUGCAGAGAACCUACCAACAGACCAGCCAACCCUCAAUCUCACCCGAUGCACGGUCAACAUCUACGGGCUGAACACGGCCCCCAAGACCGACUGGAGCUGAUGAACAUACAGUGCUCAUAUCUAUAUCCCGUGG